AGCGCGUCAUCGGGAAGCCGUUCCGUUUCACCAUCACUGGAGUGGCGAGUAACUUGUUAUUAAAAAAACGUAAGCCCGUCAGAUUUAAACGCGAAUCUCGAAAAGGCCUCGAUGGUUUGACGGCUCGGCUGCCAAUUGAAUCGAAUCGUUCGGUUUGUGUGUGAAAACAUAAAGCAUAAGAAAUCAAGACUCCUGGAAAACAGAAAAACAAACCUUAAAUGCCCGAGAAGACUGCAGUGAAACAAUAAAAAAAAAACCCCAAAACAAGCUGCCAAACAGGAUAACACGCCUAACUAAAUAAGAAAACCAAAAUCCACCAUGUAUCGCAUCAGUCCAAUUGGACGCAAAUCGAACUUCCACUCGCGCGAGAAAUGUCUGAUUGGACUCGUCCUGGUAACGCUGUGCUUCCUCUGCUUCGGCGGCAUCUUCCUGCUGCCGGACAACUUCGGCAGCGACCGCGUCCUGCGCGUCUACAAGCACUUCCAGAAGGCCGGUCCCGAGAUCUUCAUCCCGGCCCCGCCCCUCGCCGCCCACGCCCCCCAUCGCAGCGAGGAUCCGCACUUUAUCGGCGAUCGCCAGCGUUUGGAGCAAAAGAUCCGUGCGGAAUUGGGCGAUAUGCUGGAUGAACCACCUGCGGCUGCCGGCGGAGGAGGAGGCGGGGAACAGCCAGGACAAUUCCAGGCACUCGCCCAACAGGCACAAGCUCCCGCUCCCGUCGCCGCUCUAGCGGAUCAGCAGGAGGCCGACGAGGAGGGUCAACAGCACGCCGCCAUUCCCGUUCUGGCCGCUCCAGUUCAGGGCGACACUGCCGCCAGCCAGGUAUCCGCCUCCCAUCCACAAAGUCCCGCCCAGCAGAGCAACCAACAGCAACUGCCUUUGGGAGGCGGGGGAAAUGAUCAGGCGGCGGACACACUGGACGCCACGCUGGAGGAGCGACGUCAGAAGGUCAAAGAGAUGAUGGAGCAUGCGUGGCACAACUACAAGUUGUAUGCCUGGGGCAAGAACGAGCUGCGUCCGCUAUCGCAGCGCCCGCAUUCGGCCAGUAUCUUUGGAUCCUACGACCUGGGCGCCACGAUCGUCGACGGCCUGGACACGCUGUAUAUCAUGGGACUGGAGAAGGAGUAUCGCGAGGGUCGCGACUGGAUCGAACGCAAGUUCUCGCUGGACAAUAUUAGCGCCGAGCUGAGUGUCUUCGAGACGAACAUUCGAUUUGUGGGCGGCAUGCUGACGCUGUACGCCUUCACGGGCGAUCCGCUGUACAAGGAGAAGGCCCAGCAUAUCGCCGACAAGCUGCUGCCCGCCUUCCAGACGCCCACGGGCAUUCCCUAUGCGCUGGUCAACACCAAGACCGGUGUGGCCAAGAACUACGGCUGGGCGUCCGGCGGCAGCUCCAUCCUGUCCGAAUUCGGCACCCUGCACUUGGAGUUCGCCUACCUGAGCGACAUUACCGGGAAUCCACUGUACCGGGAGCGAGUCCAGACCAUUCGCCAGGUGCUCAAGGAGAUCGAGAAGCCGAAGGGCCUGUACCCCAACUUCCUCAAUCCAAAGACGGGCAAAUGGGGACAGCUCCACAUGUCCUUGGGCGCCCUGGGCGAUAGCUACUACGAGUACUUGCUGAAGGCCUGGCUGCAAUCCGGGCAAACGGACGAGGAGGCCCGCGAGAUGUUCGACGAGGCGAUGCUGGCCAUUCUGGACAAGAUGGUGCGCACCAGUCCCGGCGGCCUGACCUAUGUCUCCGACCUCAAGUUCGAUCGGCUGGAGCACAAGAUGGACCAUUUGGCCUGCUUCUCGGGUGGCCUCUUUGCUUUGGGAGCUGCCACGCGUCAGAAUGAUUAUACAGACAAGUACAUGGAGGUGGGCAAGGGCAUUACGAACACCUGCCACGAGAGCUACAUUCGAGCACCCACUCAGCUGGGCCCCGAGGCCUUUAGAUUCAGUGAAGCCGUGGAGGCGCGAGCUCUGAGAUCGCAGGAGAAGUACUAUAUCCUCCGGCCGGAGACUUUCGAGAGCUACUUUGUGCUGUGGCGCCUCACGCACGACCAGAAGUACCGCGACUGGGGCUGGGAGGCGGUCCUCGCCCUGGAAAAGCACUGCCGCACGGCGCACGGUUAUUGCGGCCUGCGCAAUGUCUACCAGCAGGAGCCGCAGAAGGACGAUGUCCAGCAGAGCUUCUUUCUGGCCGAAACACUCAAGUACCUGUACUUGCUGUUCUCAGACGACUCGGUGCUGCCGCUGGACGAGUGGGUGUUCAACACGGAGGCCCAUCCGCUGCCGAUCAAGGGGGCGAAUGCGUACUACAGACAGGCGCCCGUCACGCUGCCGGCCUCGAAUGCCUCGUAAACGGGCGCCCUGCUGCGCCGCUGGCUGUUCGGCCUGUCCCUAGCACUGCACCUUAAUUAGUUCUCGAAAAUUGCAUAGAUAUAUGUGUACGCGAUCGCAACUCUAUUUUUUUUUUCUUUGUCCUAAGUUUUUAGUUAGUUUACGUGAUGAUAUGAUGAUACGAUGACAACUGCGUACGAAAGAUAUUGUAUGUUUACAAAAAAAACCAAGUACAUACGAGAUACUUUCAAUGUAACAUAUUUAUAAAGCUUGCACAUAUAUAGGAACUUAAACUUAAACGGAUAUAUCGUAGUUUAGUCCUUAACUGUUUGCACAAGUUUCUCCGAGUCUCUCUCUCUCUUUUUUAUUUACCUUAUGAGGUAUAAGGUAUAUU